GCACUGGGCGGGUCCGCGGCGCGGUCGGUUACUGCUGUUCUUUGGCUUCUCCGCGAUUGAGAAAACUUCACUGAAGAUGUCUAAGUCUUCUCUUUGAUCUUUGAAGCCCGAUGCUCACAUCCCACCCCUAAAUGGCCUGCCUCACCCUUGAUGGCACUGUUGCAUAGAGCUGGGAACAAACAGGAGACACGGCUUGUUCCUGAACACUGUUCACAAAUGCAUCACACCUGAUACCUAGAAGGAUUGGCUUUUAGAAACUAUUCUUCUGCUAAGUUUGUUCUGUGAAACCACUUUCAGUUGUGGCAUUACUUUCAACAACCAACUCAGUUUAUAAAUCCAGAAACUCCUGGCUACGUUGGAUUUGCAAACCUUCCCAAUCAAGUUCACCGAAAAUCAGUGAAAAAAGGUUUUGAGUUCACACUAAUGGUGGUCGGUCAAGUCAUGACAAUGUUUUCAUUUUCAUCUAAAGGUGAAUCGGGUCUAGGAAAAUCGACUCUCAUAAACAGCCUGUUCCUGACCGAUCUCUACCCAGAAAGAAUCAUACCUGGAGCCGCAGAGAAAAUUGAAAGAACUGUCCAGAUCGAGGCUUCGACCGUGGAGAUUGAAGAGCGAGGGGUCAAGCUGCGCCUGACAGUGGUGGACACGCCCGGCUACGGGGACGCCAUCAACUGCAGGGAUUGUUUUAAGACCAUCAUCGCCUACAUUGAUGAGCAGUUCGAACGGUACCUGCAUGACGAGAGCGGCUUGAACAGGCGGCACAUCGUUGACAACAGGGUGCACUGCUGCUUUUACUUCAUCUCCCCUUUCGGCCACGGACUGAAGCCCUUAGAUGUUGCAUUUAUGAAGGCGAUACACAACAAGGUGAACAUUGUGCCUGUCAUUGCCAAAGCCGACACCCUCACACUGAAGGAGCGGGAGCGCUUGAAGAAAAGGAUUCUGGAUGAAAUUGAGGAACAUAAUAUCAAAAUCUAUCACUUACCCGAUGCAGAAUCCGAUGAAGAUGAGGAUUUUAAAGAGCAGACUAGACUUCUCAAGGCCAGUAUCCCAUUCUCCGUGGUCGGGUCCAAUCAGUUGAUUGAAGCCAAGGGCAAGAAGGUCAGAGGCCGUCUCUACCCGUGGGGCGUUGUGGAGGUGGAGAACCCGGAGCACAAUGACUUUCUGAAGCUGCGGACGAUGCUCAUCACCCACAUGCAGGAUCUCCAGGAGGUGACCCAGGACCUGCAUUAUGAAAACUUCCGUUCCGAGAGGCUCAAGAGAGGUGGCAGAAAAGUGGACAAUGAGGACAUGAAUAAAGACCAGAUCCUGCUGGAGAAGGAAGCUGAGCUCCGCCGCAUGCAGGAGAUGAUCGCCAGGAUGCAGGCGCAGAUGCAGCUGCAGCUGCAGGGCGGGGACGGCGACGGUGGGGCCCACGGGCACCACGUGUAAGAAAACACAUUGCAAGAUGAAGAAAACAUUCCGCAUAAGUAAUACAGCUGUGUGUUUCCGACAGAUUAUUGGAGGGGUGCCCGUCCACAUUUUACAGUACCUGUGCCUGAGAAUUUAAUUUUUUUUUAAACUUUUGAUGUUUUGUAUGAAGUACUUUUAACACUUGUAAUUUUGUUGCUCUGUUAUACUUCAUAUUUUGUGAGGUGAACCUUUCAUUUUUAUCUCUCUUCCACCUUAACUAACCACUAAUGUUGGAACUGAUUUCCGGGGUCAGUUAGAAUGUGUAGUUAACAUUGAAUUUCUUUGGUUUGGCUGGCCUAACUGACUAAUGGUUAAGAAGCACUCUUGAUUCAUUUCUAGAACAUUCAGAUCGAGCCGGCAGUGUUCCUGGGUGGUGGCAAUGUAGACCCAGCAAAUGAUCUGGAAAGAUGAGCUGGCCUGCAGUAGGGCAUUUACAACACCUAAAACCAGUUUUGCUGCUGUAAUUCGAUACUGUUCAUUCAUCUGCACGUUCACCUUUCCACCACUUGAAACAAUAGAAUUAUCUAAUGUGACGUGCAUACUCAGCUCCUUUAAAAACAGGCCAUUAGGAGCAAAUGUUAAGAAUUCUCUGGAUUCUGAUGCUACAUUUUUUAAACUGCUCUGCAGAGAACCUGCCACAAGCCACGUUUUGUAGUGUUCUUCACUGAUCCUGGUUUAUACUCUGCUGUGGACAGGUGUCGUCCAUGAACUCCAGUUUUCAUAUUACAGUGAUGACUCUUAACGCACACAUAGCCAAUAAACGAUUUUUACUCAACUAACAUAAAAAGUUACUUUUUAAGGAAAAUUAGUAAGUUGAUACAUUUAGAAACCAACUUUUUUAUAUUUUUGUACUGCACUUUAAUGUGUUUUCUGUAACUGCAAGUAAGAUCUGCCUGAGCAGUGGAAAUCGGGGUCCUCUGGUGGGUAGGCCUCUGAACCCCCAGACCUGUCAUGGGCCCUGAGGCUCAUGGCCCCAUGAAGCCUCAGUGCCUACCAGGUUUUCUUGAUUUGGCUUUUCUUUUGUUUCCUUGAAGUUUUUUUAAUGGUUUUCUGAAAGCCAAAUAGCAGAUCAUUUUUUUUUUUUUUUUUUAAUGUGCAGACUGUUGUCCAUUUUCAGCCACUGUCCUUUCCAUCAUUCUGUGUAAUACCAAUUUCCCCAUGUACCGAGUAAGACUGAAAGACAUUUCAGAUGUGCACCACGAUCUGACUGGUAGAUGCCACCAGUCAGGUCCGUUUUCUGUGCUCUGCAGCCUUGGCCCUUCCAUUCCCUCCUAGUGUGUCCCCCUGUCAUGUGCUCCGAGGGGCGCCGAUGCUCCCGGCAUGCUGUUUUCAACAUUUAUACUGACAUUGGGAAAGCAGUUCCCAGAAAGAGAGGGUGGAAGGAGACCUGGAGGGGGCAGGUGCGGCUUCAGUGUUUUCAUUUUGCUGUAACAACAGGGGUUAAGAUGCAGAAAUCGCUUCCUCUGAGUAGGAGAAGAGUUUUUGUUUUGCCAGACACAAUAUGGUGACAUGGUCAAAAUAUAUUCACUCCAAAGGUGUAUUAUGGAAAAUAAUCGGGUGUUGUCAACAACUUUGCCUUUUCACUGUCACUUAAUGGUGAGUAGUCACAAGCUGUUAGGUUUAGGCACAUUGUACCGAGUUUUUACCAGGGGAAAGUGCUCUAAAGAGCGCGUCCGCGUCCGUGCAAGGCCAAUUGUUUGGGUUAUUUUGGCAUGAACUACACUAGUAAAAGCUGUUUAAAGGGUGGAGCUGGGGGCACAUGUGCAAGUGGUCAGUACAAGCCCUGUGUCUGCUUGAGUAAGACUACUAGGGCCAGCUGCCAUCCCAUAAGGCUUCUGCGGGGGCAGGUGGACCUACAUUGUCUCCCCUCUAAAUCCCCUUUUGUUGUGCUGCCCAAUUCUAAAUAAAUACUUUCGCUAUAGAUAAUUGCUUUUACUAAGAGAUAGUCUUUACCUAUAGAAGUGUAUUUUGAAAACUUAUUUUACAUAGCAAUUUUGUAUCCAUUGAAACUAACCUUUUAUCAAUAAAGCACUAUUGUUUG